CCCUGAGCUUUCCGGUAAAGCACCGAUCUAUGUUUUCGGCCAAUUGGUAAAUGUAAUCUUCUUGUUUGUAGCAGUUUUGUUGUGACCACAAGCGCGGUUAGCUGCGUAUGAUUAGCAAUAGUACUUUAUAUUAAUUAAUAGCAACCGACCAGUUUCUAUUUUCUGUUAGUAAAAACUGCAACAUUGAUAUCUGAUGCUGCCAAAAGCAAUUUUUAUGAUGGACAUAAUGUUUUUUUCGCGAUUGAUAUUAUUUACUGCCAUAUGCAGUGAUUAUGUGUUAUCGCAAAAUAUCAACAACGCAUCGGUUGGGAUACCGGCAAAUAAUACGAUGCCGUCUUUCAACGGUGUGCCGCCGGAAGUUGACCUGAGGCAACAUUCUAUUGUGACUGAUACUCCCAUUGCAUUCAUCCAGAGCCAAAGUGCUUUCGACACGCUAUCCCCAACUGAAAAGCUGUAUGUUCAUCAUUUUUCACGGGCCUCUUGGUUGGGCGGCCUCAUCGACUUGUACCAGACAUCCGUGGAAAGUCCCUAUAUCUUUCUGCUACUGCAGCAAAUCUUCAGAACGGAGAACGUCGAAGAUUAUGCCCGCAAGAAGUGUGAUUUUUCCCCGGGCGACUGGGAUGCUCUGCAGAAAUAUGCCGCCGGGGUCUAUCACAAUCUGGGCAACUAUCAUUCCUACGGGAUGCGCAAAUUUAUCCCCUUGGUAUCGCAGACCAAAGUAGAGUGUCUCGUGCAGACGCUGGUGCUGAGCACGCCCACCAAUGCCAGUUUCGUGACCUUGACGUCCCUGUGGAACAAUGCCGGUGCACUUAUGUACAAUAUGGCUAGUCGCUACCGGCUGAACGCUCUCAAGCCAGCCGGAAUUACCACUUACUUUUCUGCUAACUGUGACGAGAAAGAUGCUAAGCUGGUGCAGGAAUACAUGAGUGCCCGCAACAUUGAGGGCUGGAAUAAUCGUGUAAUCAAAACGGAUGCCGGAAAUGGCCGGGUACUGUACGAGAUACGGUUUGCCAGUGUGUACACGAGCAAUGAUACGCUGGACGGGCUGCGGCUGGGCUUUGUCGAGGAUUUUGAAAAUAGUUCCUUCUUUCUCACAAGAGGAGAUUUUUCGGAACUGCUAAUUCGAACCAAUGUGGAGCUCAUGGAAGCUAGUCGAUAUGCCAGCAAUGUUUUGGAACAACAAAUCAUCAAUGCCACCAUCGAGAGCUUCACAACGGGAUCCAUUAAUGCCCAUAAAAGGGCAUCACAGUCUUGGGUAUUAAAUAAAAUGCCGGCUCUGGAAUCAUACAUCGGAUUCAUUGAGACCUAUCAGGAUCCGAGUGGGCAACGGGCUUCCUUCGAAGGAUUCGUCGCGGUUGUUGACAAAGUGAAGAGUGCGCGUCUGGCAAAUCUUGUAGCGCAUGCAGAAGAAUUUCUACCACUGCUGCCUUGGAAGAAGGAAUUCGAGAAGGAUAAAUUCAUGAAACCAGAUUUCACUGAUCUAAAUGUGGUUGCCUUUGCCAAUGGCGGCGUCCCAGCAGGCAUCAAUCUACCAAACUACAAUGAAAUUCGACAGAACGACGGAUUUAAGAACGUCAACUUAGGAAAUGUCAUCGCCGCAACGUAUGCAUCGAAAAAAGUUCAGUUCCUGUCACCCGAAGAUGCAGCAAGUGUAAAACAGAAUAUUUUGGGCAUUCUGGAUAUCAUUGUCGGUUUACAUGAACUUCUGGGGCAUGGCAGUGGAAAACUCUUUAUGGAAUUUCCAAACGGGACGUUUAAUGCUAACGCAUCAGUUAUCGGGCACAUGCAAAUCGGCGAUUUUGGCUCGAUAAACAACUGGUAUAAGCCCGGCCAGACCUAUGAAUCCGUUUUCGGAAAACUAGCAUCCACUAUGGAAGAAUGUCGAGCGGAAAGUGUGGCCGUGCACUUGUCACUCUUCCCAGAUGUACUGAGCAUUUGGAAUAUCAACCAAUCAGAUGCUGAGCGCUGGGCUCACCUUGUUUGGUUGGACGAAGCCAGUCAGGGACUGGUUUCAUUGGCCGAAUACGAUCCCCUGUCCGACACUUGGGGAGAAGCCCAUGCACAGGGUCAUUUUGCCAUUCUGCGGGUUAUGCAGGAAGCCGGUGUGGCCAAUAUCAGUGUUACCACGGGAGAAGACGGCCGACCGGAUCUCUUGGUCACCAUUGACCGUUCGAAACUGUACACGGCUGGACGAGCUGCCAUUGGCCACUUUUUACUGGGGCUUCAAUAUUAUCGCAGUACAGGAAACGUAACGGGCGCCCAGAUAUUUUAUGAUCGCUACACCACGAUGAAAGGAGGCGAUAGUCCAGCUCUGAUGCAAUGGCAUCGAAUCUCCAUCGACCGAAAACAGCCCAGAUCACUGAUUGUUGAGCCCAACACGGUGAUUGGCAGCCCAGGACAGCAAGCAAACGUUGUGCUGAAAAAUUAUGAUGCUAAUGCCGAUGGCAUGUUACAGUCUUUCCGGGAUCGGUUUAGUGAUUUAAAACUAGAAGAAGAACUUUUUGCAAUUGCUAACCGAGACAGGCACCAUUAUGUUGUCUAAUAAUCUCUGUUUUUUAUGCACCCUGUCGCCUUUCUGGCACUAACAUCCAUAAGCAGUCAGAUUCAUUAUUGUUUGUUAUCUUUUUUGAGUCCAUAAAUGGAUUUGAACAGU